UACUGUUUAAAACCUGUAUUUAUUAAUAAUGUUUUUAUGAAUGUAAUUGUUUUGCUAUUAUAAUGUGAGGUGUAUUUAUCGUUGUUAUUAUUAUUAUUAUUAUUAUACUAAUCCCACAGGUUAGUAAAGCUCACUCUGACAGACUAGCCCUAUUUAUAUGGACACAGGACUCAGCAGCUGUAGUCAGAUAUCACUAAUCAUGAUCAGUAAUGAGGAAUCAGGAGGAAUCAUCAUCUAAGCUGCUGUCUGUAUAUUUUUGACCCACAAUAAACUAAUAAAAGAUUUUAAUUCUUUGUUUUUCUGUCGUUCAUUCAGGUGCAGAAAUGAUUAAAAUUCUGAGCCGGUACCGAACCUCACCGAGUCUCGUACAGGUGAACAUGAAGCUUUAACGUUACCUGAGUACUGCAGCAGUGAUGAACAGUGCUGUGAUGGAAUCAGAACUCAGACGGGUACAGAAACCUGAUCCUGCUGAUUCACAGGUUUGUACGGAUGUGAAGACGGAAGCUUGUGGGACUUUAGAUGAAGGAACAUGGAGCUGUGUGGGACACGUCCCCCCUGUGGAGCAGCAGGAUGAAGAAUUUCAGAUCAAGCUUGUAAAAGAGGAAGAUGAUGAUGAUGAUGAUGAUGAUGAAGAGCGUCUCUAUGGAGAGACGUCGAGCUCUGUGGGACACGUCGUCCCUGUGGAGCUGGUGAAAGUAGAAGAUGCUGAGGAGGAAGAUGAUGAUGAAGAUGACGGCUACCUCUGUAACACUGCAAGCACCGUUUCUUCAGCUAAUGGAUUGGGUGACGGUGUGGUAGAAGGGUUCUCCUGCUCCUCAUGUCCACUGUCCUGUUCAUCUCGACUGUACCUCCACAAGCACAUGAGGAGCUGCCAUCACGAGGAGUUCGUGAGACUUCUGAGAUCAGGAGAGAUUCAAUCUGAGAACCUGAUGCUCACCAGAAGCUCCGGCGCUCAGAAGAUUCCUCUUGGAGCUCCUCACAGUCCUGGAUCUCCUGGACCCACACGGAGAGACGUCCAUCGCUGCUCAGACUGUGGGAAGAGCUUCACUCAGCAGAGCCAUCUCCAAACACACCGGCGUGUUCACACCGGAGAGAAGCCGUACUGCUGCUCACAAUGUGGCAAGAGUUUUACUCAGUACAGCAACUUCCAAAGACACUUGCGCAUUCACACUGGAGAGAAACCAUAUCAGUGCUCAGAGUGCGGGAAGAGCUUCCCUGAUCAGCGAAACCUCAAGGAGCACCAGCACAUUCACACCGGAGAGAAGCCGCACCCCUGCCCCGACUGUGGGAAGAGCUUCAACGAGAAGUCAGAUCUGCACAGGCACCAGCGCAUUCACACCGGAGAGAAACCGUAUCAGUGCGCCGACUGCGGAAAGACGUUCACCCAGCACUGUCACCUCAAGCUGCACCAGCGCGUUCACACUGGAGAGAAGCCGUACCGGUGUUCCGAAUGUGGGAAGAGCUUCACCGUCCUCAGUUCCUUCCACAGGCACAGACGGACUCACACCGGGGACCGGCCGUACCCCUGCUCGCAGUGCGGCCGGAGCUUCAGUCAGCACUGUCACCUCAAAGAGCACCGGCGCAUUCACACCGGAGAGAAACCCUAUCAGUGCUCGCAGUGUGGAAAGAGUUUCACUCACCAGAACUCUCUCCAAAAGCACCGGCGCAUUCACACCGGAGAAGGCAGAUUCUAGAGUUGAUUCCAAAUGUGCUCAGUUUCUCAGUAGACAGCAGAUUUACACUACAACACCUAGGGUGCUCGGGUGGUGCAGAGUUCUUUAGCACUGCUGACACUCAGGUUCGAUGAAGCAGAAAUGGAAAUGACACUACAACCCCUGGCAAAAAAAAAAAACCCUUGGCACAAUUGGAAGACGUUCACCUAACUUCUUUACUUCACAGCCAACCAACAAACCACAGAUUUACUGAACAUUUAUAUAUAUAUAUAUGUAUAUAGCUUUUUCUCCCUUUUAGAGCGUCCAAUCACCCAAUUGCAUCACGCUUCCUCUCCACCAAUGCCGAUCCCCACUCUGAUUGAGGAGAACGAAGCUAACCCACGCCCCCUCCGACACGUGGGCAGCAGCCGUAUGCAUCUUAUCACCUACACAUUGACGAGUGCAGUGCAGCUCAGCGUUGUGUACGGAGACACACACCCUGAGAGCACUCUUUUCUCAUCUCUGUGCAGGCGCCAUCAAUCAGCCAGCAGAGGUCGUAAUUGCACCAGUCAUGAGAGAGGGACCCCAUCCGGCUUAGUCCCGCCCAUAUCUGAACAACAGGCCAAUCGUCGUUCAUGUGGCCGCUCAGCCUAAGCCGGCAGGCAGAGCUGAGAUUGGAUACGAUGUACUCCUGAUCCAGCUCUGGUUCCAGCGUGUGUUUUUACCGCUGCACCACCUGAGCGGCCUUUACUGAACACUCUUUAUGAAACAAGAAUAAAUGAUGGAAUCAGUGAAGAAAAGCUCAGUUAGGCAGGAACUUCACUAAUGGAACAGAGUUCCACAUCAAGCCACGUCUUCAGUAGUGGUUAACAGAUCAGCUUUCCAGUCUAGAACUUUGUCAUGGACCAAUUUUUAAACAUCCACCACAGAUUUCCAGUGGGGUCGAGAUCCGGACUGUUUGUUGCUCCGAUUUGAUUGGUCAUCGUGAAAACCACUUCAUCACCAAACCUUUUGUCUAUCAGCGGAAGAGGAAAUGUGUCCAAAAUAUUACGACUUGACUGUUGAGGUGACGAUUGUCCUCUCCGAUGGUCUGGACAGAAGCUCCAGCGUGAUCGUCUUGACCAAAGCAGAUUUAUGAAUCCUGAUUCUGAUCUGAAUAUCACUUUCAUUUAAUCACCUUCACUUCAUGAUUUCCUCUCCUCAGCCCGGCAGAUUGGUUUUGUUCUUCAGGUGCUGGUUUACGUUCAGCUUUACUGGAUUUUCUUACAUUUCUGUCACAAACACGGACUCCAGUUUCCGCUCGUCUGUUGGUUUUGUCGUGCGUUUUCCUAAGCGGCCACGGUUCCGUGUUCUGACUGAGGGCACACAACCCUAAAUGAUUUAUAGAACGUUCGACACCACGUUAUUCAUCUGAGCUGCUGUCUGUGUAUGUUUGACCCGGCAGAUUUAAACAGACAAUAAACUCAUGACGAUUAAACUCAA